AUGAGUAUGUUACAGAAGAGUAAUGAACAAGAAUAUAACGUAUUCGAUAUUGCAUAUUAUAAAACGCUCAAAUUAUAUUUAACGAUCUGUGGGAUAAAUCCGUAUCAAAAUAAUAAUAUUAGUAUAAUUAUAAUAGUCAUGAUAAUCUCCAUUUGCAUGAGCUUUCUUUGUCCAACGUCUAUACAAUUAUGGGAGGCCAUAAGUAAUAAGGAUUUCGAUAACAUUAUUCAGAAUAUACCUCAAGUAAUUACAGUAAUUAUCAGCAUGAUAAAGAUAUUAAAUAUCUAUUCUAACAAAAUGCAGUUUAAAAAAUUAUUUUACUCUUUGGCGCAAGAUUGGAAAUCAUUAGAAUCAAAAGAAGAAUUAAUCAUGCUACACAAAUUUACUCAAUAUGGUAGUAAACUUGCACUCCUGUAUAGGAGAAGUUUAUUAACUUUUCUUGUAAUAUUUCUCUCUCUUCCUUUAUGUAAUCCUAUUCUGGAUGUUAUUUUACCGUUAAAUGAAACCCGACCACGACAAAAUAUAUUUAAUGUUAAUUACAUAAUUCUAGAUAAUUAUGAAUAUUUUUAUAUUGUGUAUAUGCAUUUAUCUUGUUCUGCGGCUAUUAUUGUAAUAAUAAUAAUCUCAGUAGAUUCGUUAUACAUUUCUAUUAUUUACCAUGCUUGUGGAUUGUUUGCAGCAUGUGGGUAUCAGAUUCAAAAAUUAACAAAAGUUCAUACUAUUAAAAAAAAUGGACCUAACAUAAGCAACAUUGAUUACGAAGAAUUCAAACAAUGCGUGAUAAUGCAUUAUAAAUGUCUUCAACUUUACGAUGUACUCGAGAAGUGUUGUAGAAAUUUAUAUUUGAUCCAGAUGGGAUUAAAUAUAAUGAUUAUCAGCGUGACAUGUGUUGAAGUAGUUGUAUUUUUAGAUCGACCGGAAGAGGCCAUCAGGGCUAUUAUUUAUGUUAUAGCUCAACAAUUUCAUUUAUACGCUAUUAGUUUGCCUGGAGAAACAUUACUUAAUCAAAGCUCAAAAUUGGCUGAUAAAAUAUAUGAUUCUGAAUGGUAUAAAAUACCAAUGAAAGUUCAAAAAGUACUUCAUAUAAUGCAAAUUAGAUCCAACAAACCAUGUAUAUUAACAGCAGCGGGAUUAUACGAAAUGAAAAUUGAAAGUUUCGGAAUAACAAUUAAAACAUGUAUGUCAUAUUUCAUGAUGUUUUUAUCACUAAGAGAGUAA